GAUGUCAUCUUCCUGUGCUUGGCUUUCUUGGGGGUUCUCAGCGGCAUGCCUGGGCUUCUGCCUUGGGCUUGAUUUUAACAGUAGUUAAAAACAUAAAGAGCUUGUGAUCCUCUUAUUAAUUCUUUAAAUAUAUAUGAGUAUCUCUUGUGUCUUACUGUCUUUAAAAUACCAGAUUGAUUGAGGUCUUUUUGACAAAGUAUGAAACAUAUUAGUAUUCAUCAGGACUGGUGUGUGUGUGUGUGUGUGUGUGUGUGUGUGUAUGUGCAUGUGUGUGUGUGUCUGAGUAUCUGUUUGAUUUGAGUUUGAUUGAGGUGUUUUUGCUGUAGGUCAUGCAAGUGUUAUGCAAAAAAAGCUUUGGAAACACCCUCUACACAUGAUCGACCCCCAUGGGAAGCCAGUUUCAGGUGUCACUACCUCUGCUGCACAGAGGGCUUGCCUCUUUGUGGUUGUUCCCUCCAUGAAGAGACAGUACUGGUGAGAUGCAGGAGUCCCUGGGCUUGGAGAUAAAGGCAGGGCCCCUUGGUGGGUGGCCCAGGUCGAAGAGUGGCAGUCAGCUUAUGGUGCCGGGUAACGUUCUGGUAACACCCAAAGUGCCCGCUUCCUGGCCUGAAGCGCUCUCCUCCUCCACCCGACCGGAACCGAAGAGUGGCUGCAACGAGGUACUGAGGUCAGGACUGUCAGGGGCCUAUGCUGCUUGUGGCACGCAGCCUUUUUCCAGGCGCCGCCCCUGCCACCGUCUCCACCUUGUACCUGUGCGGCAGCAGCUGGACAGCGCCAACAUCGCGGCUCCCCAGCUGGGCAGACGAAAGCGCAUGCGCAAGCGGCCUGUCACAAGCGCCAGCGCUGAGCCCGGGCUCGCGUCACAGGAACAGCCACCGUUGCCUGGGGAACGAUCACAGUGGCUUCCCAAAGCAGCGGUCCUCUGUGGCAGUGCCUCAGCAUCGGGCAACGGACUCUUUCUCCGCGCGAUCAUCGCUGAGUCCUGCGAUUUUAGGAAUCCGGCAGGCCGAGCCAGGCAGAAGAAAGAUCUGUCGGGGCUUCAGGGAUGUCCACGGCGCUCCCCAGGAAUCACCGAGAUGCUGCAGACCUGCCCAAACAGUGUGAGGGUGCCUCUCGUUGAAAGCCCUCGUGACUGGGAUUUCCAGGUGGCAGCCAGACCCCACUACACUGAGGCUUUGAACACCACCAGAAAAAAAAAGAAUGCAGGGCGCCGCAGCCCCAAACUGAGCCAAACGUUGAUCAGCAGCAGAAAGUAAGUGGAUUACAGAGAAACUGUGCUGGAGUGCACUGGCCACACUCGUGUCAGCAUGUCCCACACAGACACACACACACUCCUCAACACACUCAGAAAGAUACAUGCAUACACACACUCACACACACUCAGGAAUACACAGGGAGGCAUCCAACACUCGCAUGGAAACCCACACUGCCAGGUAGCUCCUGAGGCUGCGGGGUUCUCCUCUCUUUCUGGAAAUCCCUCGGGGACAGAGCAGCCCAGCCACAGGCCGGCAGUGGGUACCUGAAACUAAUUCACUGGAUUAUCCCAGCCUGGAAAUCCCAGUCAGGAGGGCUUUCAAUGAGAGGCACCUUACCACUGUUUGGGCAGGCCUGAAGCCUCUUAGUGGUUCUUGGGGAGCGCCGUGGACAUCCCUGAAAUCCCAACAGAUCUUUCUUCUGCCUGGUUUGACCUGCCGGAUUCCUAAAAUCGCAGGAUGGUCACACGAAGAAAGGGUGCGUUGCCCAACGCUGAGGCACUGCCACGGAGGGCCCCUGCUUUGCUAAGUCACUGAGAUCAUUUUCCAGGCAACGGUGGCUGUCACUGUGAUGGGAGCCGUGUCUCAACGCUGUGGCUUUUGACAGGCUAUUUGCGCAGGCGCUUUUGCAUGCCCAGCUGUGGAGCCACAAUGUUGGCACUGUCCAGCUGAUGCUGCCCAUAUGCACGAAGGAGUUGGUUCCAAGGGCAGCCCCCGAAAAGUCUGCAUGCCAUCACACCAGAGACACAGAACUUGGAAUUGAGAUUUUCUCCUGUGCUCCUUGCAUCUCCUGGGAAAACCAAUAAUGAUCCUUCCUGCGGCUUCAACAUCCACAUCUGUGAGAAAGCCGCUGGGGAGUGUGAUAUUUUCAAGAAGCCACAGUCCAUGUUACCCCCUACAGAGCUCUGAACUUGUGCACUGGUGGGCCUGGCAGUGGUUCUCUCCCCAAAGUGUCUGAACUGCUCUCAUGCUGGAGGGAAAAGAGGGGAGCAGCACAAUGGACAGCCUCUGGAUCUCAGGCCACUUUUCACAGCAACUUAGGAAAUCAGGCUGCUGCCUGGGCUGGAGAAGCCACGAUGCCCAGUAAAGACCCUGCGAGCAUUUGGAGGAGGAAACCCAGCUGAUCAGCGGGAUAUUGUGUGAGGACCACACACGUCCCAGUAGGACACGAGAAAGGUGCGCUUCACAGCGCUUUGCCCUGAUCACUGCCCAACCUGGACCUUCUCCUUCUGUCCCUCUUUCGAUGCAAUUCCCAUGGCAAGGAAGUGCAGGCGAACAGUAGCCAACAUCGCUAUGGAAGCGGCGAGGUCCACACUGCCCUGGCAACCCCUUCUGUGUUAACCACCUCCUCGCAUUUCAUCUGCUGGGAUUCUAGUUUAGCCGUCUUGCCACCAAUGGGCGGGGAAAUUUUCAGAGGUACAGUUUCCAGCCCUGGGGAAAAAAUGAGCCUCUCAGCUCUUUCUCAAGAACUGCACCCAGUCCCCGACCCCAUGACAUGCCGGGAUUGUAGUUUUGAAGCGCUUUUAAACAACUGCGGGAGUAGUGAAGAGAUCACAAGUCCCAGAAUGCACAAUCACAGAUGACAACUCCCAGUAUAACAGGUGUAGCUACCCCUCUCCGAUCCAGGCCUUCCCUCGUCCAGAGCAGUUCUGCCAUGCCAAAGGUCCCUGACCAUUCCCAAACCAAUCCUGCCUCUCACAGAGGGACAGGACUGCUGGUAAUACCUUGUAAUUACGCCAUAACUCUCCCUAAAAAGCUGGCUUUAUGCUCAGUCAGUGCCAGCAGUUUGAUUUAUCACUGAGCAGCAGGGGACCUGGAGCUGCUCACAAACCUGUCAGUUGCCAUAGUAAUGAUCCUCCCUCUGUAGCUGAACUCUCUCCGUCCCCUUCCUUCACCCCAUUCCUUCUCCUCCUUCUCUCCUUCCCUCUGCCCCACCUCAUCCCCUUGGCCCUGCCUCUUCCCUUCCCUCAGCCUUUCCUCUCCCCUCAGCACUGACCCUUCUCCUCUCUCCGCCCCUAAAACUCUUUUUAGGACAUGCGCAAUGUAGUCCCUGUGUAGAAAUGUGGCUACUGGCCAAGUGUCUGACAGUUCUUGGACUUCUUCAGAUCCCACGCAGGCAGCUCCAUCGUGAAUGUCUGAAACCAUCAGGUCAUUGACAGAAAUGAAUAUACAUGGUCCCUGAACCUAGCACUUGCUUUUUCAAAGCAAACAAUUAGUCUAUUAUCUAGGCUGUCACAAAUCCUCCUACGGACCCCAAGAGCACCCUUUGGACCUCGAGACUUCAUCAUGGCCCACUACUGGGUUAGGCCUUGAAGAGGGACGCUCCUGACACUCUAAUAAAAUGUAGAAAAUGUCACAGUGAAAAGCCUGACCCUGCUGCAUCCAGUAAGGAAACAGCCACAGGGAAGGGAGCCCCUUAACCACUUUGGGAGCCACAUUUACCCCUUCUUUUCUUCAACCCAGGCUGGUUCUCAAGCCUUGGGGUCCUAGUGUGGAUCUCCAGUUAACGCAGGUGCAGGAUCAGAGAACCCCUUGGUCCCUCCCAGCACGUGAGAGAAGUUUGUGUGGUGAGGUUAUGAACAGUGUCUGUGUUUCUGUUGUCAACAGGGCUUUCUUGGAAACACGUUCAAUUUCCCUUUUAAACUAUUUCUUUAAAACUACAUUUAAUAAUUUGCUGGUGGAACUUCAUAAUGAUAAUUUCUUGAAUCCAUUUCUUUUUCUUUUUUGAGACAGAAUCUCACUCUGUGUCACAGGCUCUAGGAUUUGAUCUGGGCUCACUGCAACCUCUCCCUCUCAGGUCAAAGUGUUUCUCCUGCUUCAGCUUCUCCAGUAGCUGAAAUUAUAGGCAGAUGGCAGGACGCCUGGCUCAUUUUUGAAUUUUUAGUAAAGGUGGGAUUUCAUCAUACUGAUUAGGCUGAUCUCAAACUCCUGACAAGUGAUCCACCUGCCCCGGCCUCCCAAAGUGUUGUAAUUACAGGCGUGACCCAGCACUCCUGGCCUGAAUGCAUUUUAACAUUUAGUUUUUCAGAUUAACUGGAAGUACUGAAAGACUAUGUGCUAAUGAAACUAGAAGAGGCACAGCCUCAGCUCCAUUCAGGACAGAUGCACAAGAGCAGAAUCUCAGUGGGUUGUCUUUCUGGAGCCUCAAUAUUACUGCAGAUUUGGAAGAAGCAAAUUUAAAUAAUUUCCAAUUUAAGACACUGGAUAUUUAAGAGAAAACUGGAAAGUUAUCUGCCUUUAAUAAUUGUCGGUCAUCUGUGCCUAAGUCAGACGUUCUCCAAGAAAAUAAAAGGAACUCUGAGGAGAAACUAUUUUUCAUUCUUCUAAGUAAUUAAUAUUAGAACUCACAGAAAGUCAGUAGAAAGCCCUGCCAG